AUGGCCGCCUCAACAACCGUCCCGACUGUCACGGACAUCGAAGUCCCGGAGACACUCCUCAAGAAACGUAAGCAAAACGAACAAGUACACAAAGAGCGUCUCGAAAAAGCGGCUGCGCGUCGACAGGCGGCGAAGAAGCAGCGCAAGGUCAUCUUCAAGCGUGCCGAGGCCUAUGUCAAGGAAUACCUUUCUCGGGAGAAGGAAGAGAUUCGCUUGAAGCGUGCCGCACGCGCAGCUGGUGACUUCUAUGUCCCAGCACAGGCGAAGGUGUACUUUGUCAUUCGUAUUCGGGGUAUCAACGAGAUUGCGCCUAAGCCCCGUAAAAUCUUACAGCUCCUUCGUUUACUGCAAAUCAACAAUGGUGUGUUCGUGAAGGUGACGAAGGCGACUGAACAGAUGCUCCGACUCGUGGAGCCUUAUGUCGCUUAUGGCGAACCCAAUCUCAAAUCAGUUCGUGAGUUGAUCUACAAGCGCGGAUACGGAAAAGUCAACAAGCAACGGAUUCCUUUGACAAACAACGCCGUCAUUGAGGAAGCGCUGGUUAAGUACAACAUUUUGUCGGUGGAGGAUCUUGUGCACGAGAUUUUCACUGCGGGCCCCAACUUCAAGCAGGCAUCAAACUUCUUGUGGCCAUUCAAGCUGUCCAACCCCACUGGUGGUUGGAGGACACGCAAAUUCAAGCACUUCAUCCAGGGAGGCGACUUCGUUGGUUCAUACUAUGUGCGGCGAGCGGCUGCGCGGGAGGAGCAUCUAUGCAUACGCUCGAAUUACUGGUGA